UAACAUUUAUUUAGUUCUCAACCCCUUUCUCCACUCUUCAUCUGCCUCUGCCAGCUUAAAACGCAUCGUCCCCCUUUUCCCUCGUGUGUAUCGCCCCCUCUUUUCUACAAUUUCGGAUUUCCCCCUGCUAAAUCUCAUCAAUUUCACCGUCCAAUUCUCUUCUACAAAACCCCCCCUCAAAGCUCCCAAUUUCCCCCAAAGCCAUACAUACCAAUUCACAAUCUUUCUUGAAAAAUCUGGCAAUGGCUUCUUUCAGUGUUCCUUAUCCUAAGAUUUCUGUCCUCUCCGUUGCUUCAUCAUCCCAUUCUACCCCGACCCAUCAGCCCCAGGGCUCCCUUUCCUUCAGAUCCGGUCCUGCAUUGGUCCCUCGUCUUCAGGGUUCCAUUCGCAUCCAAUCUCAGGUGUUUAAGGUGAAUGCCCAGCUGAAUGAGGUUGCUAUUGAUAAGUCGAACAAUUCAAAACCACUUUCUGAGAAAAGCUUGGAGGAAGUGUCCAAGACUGAAUACAGUAUUCCAGAUGCUUCAUCCAUUCAAGCAUUCAUGUCUCAGGCAGCCGAUCUUGUGGAGCUUGUGGAUUCGAGGGACAUUGUGGAGCUGCAGCUGAAGCAAAACAAUUGUGAAAUUCUUAUAAGGAAGAAGGCGGCAUUGCCCCAGCCACCUGUUUAUAUGGCGCCACCAUCUGUUCCACAGGCCUUUGUUCAGCAACAGUUGCCUCCUGCAGGUUCCCAUGCUCCUGCAGCUCCAGCAGCUCCUGCGCUUCCACCACCUGCGCCUUCAAAGCCUAAGUCGUCUCAUCCUCCAAUGAAAUGUCCCAUGGCUGGAACAUUCUAUCGAUCGCCUGCCCCAGGGGCACCACCUUUUGUAAAGGUAGGAGACAAGGUCCAGAAAGGGCAAGUAGUCUGCAUCAUUGAGGCUAUGAAAUUGAUGAAUGAAAUUGAGGCUGAUCAAGCUGGAACUGUAGUUGACAUAGUUGUAGAGGAUGGUAAGCCCGUUAGUGUGGACACGCCUCUAUUUGUCAUUGAACCAUGAUAGAAAGAAGUCAUCUUGGUGUGCAACAUAGGUGGAUGAAGCAGAGUGAGAUUCGAUAGAUAUAGAGAACAAAUCUGUCUUUAGCUCAAGGCAUAUCUGCUCAGAAGAUUGGUUCACCAUAUUAGUCUUGUUGAAAUCUAUGAUCAUAUUUAUAGCUUGUAUUCCUCAUUUUUCUUAUGCUGCUCAUAAAUUUUGGAACUAUAUUUUCUUUAUAAAUUUGUGACUUAUUGAUAUCUUCA